GUUAGUCUCACGGUCCACGGUCUCCAGCGUACCUGUGGGCUGUCAGGUCCGCCUCAUCCCGCCUUCCCAUCGUCCAUUCUCGCCCGCCCUCGUGCAUGCACCUCUCCAUCCCCGGGGGACGUCGUGGAGGGUGCCUAGCGGAGCGAGAGGGCGGCAAUCCUCUCAUAUGAGCACAGAUCUCGCAUUCUUCAGCGCCUUCCUCCGUGCGUCGGGCCUCGAGUACUCGCAGUUCGCAUCGCUCUCUGCCGAGGACAAACUCCAAGCCAUCCGGCAUGUCAAGAAGUCACUCGUGCAGCGGAUACGGGCGUCUGACACAUGCCACUCGACCCUGAAGCACCCGCAAUCAUCCGAGAAGCGGCUGGCGGUGGUGAAGGGGGCGGUGAUCAGUCGAGAGGAGGCAACAGUAGCUGUCAAGGAGGAAGGAGAGAUGGGUGGGUGCAUGCACCAACAGGCAGCAGACAGCAGACAGACUCAUGCAAUCAAUCAAUGGUUCUGGUGGGAUCUCACGGUGCGUUCUGGGUGUGGCGUGAUGUGGCGUGAUGUGGUUGUGUGGUUGUUUGUGUGCAGAGUCUCCGAGUGAUAGGUCUAUAGGAGGUGGCGAUUUGGAGAUGGAUGACGCGCGCAUCAUCGGGAUGGCGGAGCGCCUCAUGGACCAGCAACGACAGCAGGAAGGUACGUACGUGCAGCACACCUCUACCUCUCUCACCAUCACUCACAACCCCCGCCACACACCCACACCCACACCCACACGCACCACCAUCCCUCUCUCCCUUUCUCUGUCAGGUCUGCUGACGUCCCGUGGCCGGCACCGUCCCGGGUUCGGCAUAGAUUUCGCCUUCUGUGGGGUCACCCAGCAGCCCUACUUCGUGGUCAACGAGCAGCCCGCCGACCAGGAGGCCGUUGCCGCGUCGUCGUCAGCCGCAUCGGGUUCUGGUAGUGGUGUGGGUUUUGGUGGUGGUGGGCGUCGGUUCAUGGUGGCGUCGCGGACAGCCGAGGAGGUGGAGAGCGCCUUCAGGCAGGCGCUGGAGUACCGGGAUGGCGUCGUGCGCCAGAACGGUACCACGCGCCAUCCACACGACACACCCUGUCACCCAUUCAUCGAUCCCCCGUGUGUCUUGCGCCUUGUGUGGGUCUCUUCCUCAGGUGGUGCGGCGGGUGGUGGCAAGGAGAAGAGCAGUCGCGCCGCAGACGAUGACGAGGACUUCGAGCCGUCUGCCGAGGACGCGCCAGCCCGACCCCGGGGCAAAGUCAAGCGCGAGACCCACCCGGGCAACAAGGCCAUGCUCAGCGCGCUGGCCAACCGCAUGAUCGACGAGCAGCGGCACAGGGAGGGGCUGCUGUGCAGGGUCGGGGGCAUGGCCAAGCGUGUGCCGGGCUUCCACAUCAACUACUCCGAGACGCGUCAGGUGUUCGCCGUGUGCUACCAGAAGACCAUGGACACCGGCAAGGUGGAGAGGAAGUCGCGUCACUUCCGCCCGACCAAGAGAGAGCCUGACGAGCUGAGGGAGGCCUUCGCGCAGGCAAUGGCAUUCCGCGAGGAGUGUCGAGGGAAUGGCUGGCUGUCGGGGGAAAAAGUGCCGCCCGGUAAGGACAUCAUGGCUCGCGUCAUGCAUCAUGUUUUAAGCCGUGUGUGUUCUGGUGUUGUUUGUGUGUGUGUGCAGAGGUGUGGAUCCGCGACAGCCAGGGGGAGAUCGACAGACAGCCGCCCAAAGAGCCGCCCAAAGAAGGUAGGUGAGGUGCUUUCAUUUGGAUGGGUAUCACACACGUGACAUGGGCACGCCCACCCAUUCGGCCCAUAUUUGCCUCUCUGUGCGUCGUGUGUGUGUGUGUUGGGUUCGUUGGUGCAGAGACCGAUGCUCAGCAGGAGGCGUCAGUAGCAGAGCCGAGUUCAUCCGCACCACCACCACCACCAGCACCAGCCACCAACGAACAACACCACCCACAUCCACACCCACAGCCGAAAGCGCCUCCUCGUGAGUCAGCCACCAAGCACCCUCAGCCCAUUUUCCGCCUCUCCAUAUGUGUGUGUACGUCCCUGUGUGUGCAGCCGACUCGCUCGACGACACCGGCAUCGUGUUUGCGGCCAACGAGCUCAUCGAUGUGCGCCGAAAGGUCGAGGGCCUUAUGACUCCCGACAACCGGCGCAUCAAAGGCUUCCACAUCUCCUUCCGCUCCGACGGCAAGACCCUCAAACACGUCUUCCACGUGCACUGGCGGGAGCUGCAUGGCGGCGAGAUGGUGCCGCGGACCGACGAGUACCCCGUCAAGCUGCCCACACACGCGGGAGUGCAAAAGGCGUUCGGCGAGGCGCUUAAGGGGCGGGAUGAGCGCAGGGCGCAAGUGGGGUACACGGCGGCCACUAAUAGCACUGGUACGUAACAUGUGCAGGCCGGACAGAGAGAGGGAGGGAGAGAGGGAGAGUGCAUCUGGUUGUGUGUGUGUGUGUGUGUUGGAUGGCUUGAACUGCAGUUGGUCACAUGAGCAGCGGCAGCUCGACACACACCUGUGGGAAGCGUGACAUCGACCAGAUGUUGCACGGCGGGGGCCAGGGAGAGGGAGAGGGACAAGGGGAGAGGGAGAGGGAGAGCGAGGGCGACGGAGCGCUGCUGCAGGCCAACAAACGACACCACAACCUCAACCUCAACCACGACUCACACACAACCGGUAUGUACCUACACGCCCACACACCUACACACCCACACAGACACGCUCAUGCAUGCCCUUCUCAACUCUGCUUUUCUUCUCAGGUAGCGAUGACUUCUCCCCCGUCCACCAUCCCGUCGACACAGCUAUCCUCACAGCCCAUGCACAGAGCCUCCUGGCCACCCACAUGCGCAAGAUUAGCACCGGCCCCCUGACGAUCACCUGGCGGACGGGGCCCUGUCGCUUCGAGGUCCACCACGGCAGCACGCCCAUCGCCAGCGCCAUGGUGCCCGACCCAACCACACCGGCCAAUGUCCAGCGGGCCUUCGAGCAGGCCAUGCAUCUGCGAGAGAUAUACCCAACACAUAGCGGUCGGUCCGGUGCGAGCAGCUGCGCGCCACAUGUGACACAUAUACAUGUGUGUGUGUGUGUGCGGUGGCAAUGGUGGCAGAUGGGGGAUUGGGGUCUGAGACGGCCGAGGCGCAGGGCGGCCACAACUAGAUCAGAUCGUAGCCAUGUCAAUAAGUAUCGACUAAUUAGGUAUGCACACACACACACACACAGACAGAUACAGAAAAUUGAAUGCGCGGAAUCCCGUCGCUCUCCUUAUCUGCUGUGUGCAGCCUUUGAUUAGCACACACAUUGAUGGACGGCGGUGGAGAGGGAUGGAGGAAGGGACAAGCAGUGGC